UGCUUGGACACGAAGGCAAGUCGGGCACUCUCCUCAUCGCAAGUCACCACCAGAGACCAUGUCCGGCUGGCUGGACCCGAUGCGGGGAUGGGAGUAUGGGACGCGGUCGGUCCGGCCCGGCUGAUCGCUCGUGUCACGCCACACCGACACGUACACGUCCCGGCACAUACCGAGCAGCCGCUGGCACGUGGGCCCCACGUCGCCUCGCUUGCCACCGCCGUCUCUUGUCGGUUCUCCGUCCCGUCCCUCCUCCCCCUCGCCGCCUCCGCCUCACCUCCCUCUUUCUCCCGGAGCGGCUUUCUCGCACGUGCCGGCCUUCCCCGGUCCCCGCCUACCUUCCUCUCGCGCGCGCUCUCUCCGCCCGCAUCCUCGUCGGAGGCUGCGACGACCGCCCCAGCACUGGCGGCGGCGCUCGGAGCCCCGUGCGCCCGACGAACAGGUUUAUUGGCUUUCGAUCUUCAGGGACUUGAAUUAGAUCAGCAUCUGAUCAACAUCGAGGAGCCAGAUAGGUCCUAUGCUGCCUUCCUGGGAUGAAAGGUGGAUGUCUGCAUAGGCUCCUCGUCAACAAGCUAUGCUUCGGCCUGGUGGUUCUCCUCACUGUACCGAUUAUUGUUUUGUUACUGGAAGGUGCCCCGGUCCUCACAAUCUUCAGUACAAGACCAGAGCAAUUAAAAGUUCUCUCUCAUGGCAUCCCAGGUUCAGCUUCCAGGAGUGACACACACAAAAUUAGGGGCAAAGUGAAUAAGGAUUGUAACUAUGCAAAGGGGAAGUGGGUAGCAGAUGAUAAGCGGCCACUGUAUUCUGGUAAUGAAUGUAAGCAGUGGCUGUCAAAAAUGUGGGCUUGUCGAAUGAUGCGGCGCGCACAUUUCUCCUAUGAGAGUUAUCGGUGGCAGCCACAUGGUUGUGAGAUGCCUGAGUUUACAGGGCCUAACUUCUUAAAAAGGAUGAAAAACCAAACUCUUGCUUUUGUUGGUGAUUCACUUGGCAGACAGCAAUUUCAGUCAAUGAUGUGUAUAGCAACUGGUGGCAAAUACAGUCCAGAGGUCGAAGAUGUUGGUUGGAAAUAUGGUCUUGUCAAAGCCCCAGGUGCUUUAAGACCUGAUGGGUGGGCUCAUCGAUUUCCAGCGACCAACACAACUAUUCUUUUCUACUGGUCUGCUACUCUCUCUGAGUUGGAACCAUUGAAUACAGAACGUGCAGUGACCAGCUAUGCAUUGCAUCUUGAUCGGCCAGUUACAUUUUUGAAGAAGUAUCUUAACAGUUUUGAUGUUCUAGUACUUAACACUGGCCAUCACUGGAACAGAGGGAAAUUCAAUGGAAAUCAUUGGGAAUUGCAUGCCGAUGGGAGGCCUGUAGGCAAAGGUAGUAGACUUGCAGACCUCAACCGUGCAAAAAACCUUACACUGCAUAGCAUUGCCAGAUGGAUGGAUUCACAACUUGCACAGCAUCCUCAGAUGAAAGUUUUCCUCAGGACCAUUUCACCGAGACACUUUGUAAAUGGUGACUGGAACACAGGUGGAACAUGUGGAAAUACCAUUCCCUUAUCUAAUGGAAGUGAGGUCUUGCAGGAUCAUUCAAUUGAUAUACCUGCAGAAAGUGCUGUGAAGGGGACUCGGGUUAAGCUUUUGGAUAUCACUGCUAUCUCAAAACUACGGGAUGAGGGGCAUAUCUCAAACUCUAGUUUCAAAAAAGCUUCCACAGGAAUCAAUGAUUGCUUGCACUGGUGCUUGCCUGGUAUACCAGAUAUGUGGAACGAGCUCCUCUUUGCACAGAUUUAGUAUCACACUGUAGUUAGGGGGCCUUUUCCAGAGCCCCAAGAGUCCUUAUGUUCUUACCAUAGCAGGACCUGUACAUUUACAGAAUUUCAGUUCACCCAUGUGGAGGUGUUUACAGAAUCAAGAUGAUACUAUCGUUUUCUAGAAGUAAUUUACAGUUCGGUCCAGAUUCUUCCAACUUCCUUUCUGAGCAGAAUAGCAGAUAUGAAAUCAGCUGCUGCAGAGCCCUAUCUGACUACUGAAUGUCCCCCAGGCACGUCGAAUUUUGUUUUUAGUUUCCUCUUACUGUAAUAUCCUAUCACAGCUUACCAUGCGCAGCAUAUAUUCUUCCAAAAAAUGUUCAUACAAGUUGAUCGAAAUCCUAUAUGCUUGUUUAGAUACAAGUGCAAUGUUCCAUUGAUUUUUUGUGACCUGCUCAAACUCCUGUAUGUGUAACAUUUCAAAAGAUAAUAGUUUUUGAAUGAAUUUCCACGGUUAAUAGCUGA